AUGGAAGAGGUGAAUUAUAUGGGAAACCCCUCCAGGAACUCCAAUAACAAUCUCUAUUCGAAUUCUUUCAAUCAGGGAUGGAGGAAUCACCCUAACUUUGGGUGGAGAGAUCAGCAGAAGCCUCAACAAAGCUUUAAUAACAAUCAAGAUGGAAUGAACCAGAACAAGUUCAACAACAGACCAUUCCAACCAUCUCAACAGCAGAUGGAGACACCCACACAGAGUCUCUCUGACCUGGAUACCAUAGUCUCUAACUUCUCUAAGGCUACGCAUAGUUUUAUGGCAGAAACUAGGUAUUUCAUUCGCAACUUGGAGAUACAGGUAGGUCAGCUGAGCAAGAGGAUACCAGAGAUCCCCUCCAACACUCUUCCAAGUAACACAGAAGUGAAUCCAAAGGAAGAGUGUAAGGCCCUCACUAUGGAAGCUACGACCGAAUCCAAAGAAGAACCUGCUACUGAGAAACUGAAGGAGAUCGCGGCUCAGGUGGAGACUGGGAGUGUCCCCCUGCACACCCCUAUGAAGAUAGAGAAGUCUGACAAAUAUCCUUCUCCAAAUGCACAGGAGGAGCCUGAUGAUAAGCAACUUGCUCAGUUCUUAGCAGUUCUCAGGAAGUUGCAAGUCAACAUCUCUUUUGUAAAGGUGUUGGAAAAGAAUCCCCCUUCUAUGGCAUGUCUGAAAAGUAUAAUAGCUGACAAGAAAGCCUUAAGGGGAGAUAAAACAAUGGUGCUAACCAAAGAAUGCAGCACCCUAGUUCAGAAGAAGCUGCCUCAAAAGCUCCUAGAUCCUGGAAGCUUUCUGAUUCACUAUACUAUAGGGACUAUCACCUUUGAGAAGGCACUGUGCGACCUUGGCUCUAGUAUUAAUCUUAUGCCUCUCUCUGUAAUGAGGAAGCUGGGGAUUCAAGAGGUGCAGCCCACCAUGAUCUCACUAGAGAUGGCAGAUAAGUCCCUGAAACGAGCAUAUAGUAUGGUGGAAAAUAUCUUUAUAAAAGUUGAAGACCUUUAUCGUCCUGCGGACUUCGUGAUAUUAGACACUGGGAUAAACAGGGACGACUUCAUCAUCCUUGGAAGGCCUUUUCUAGCUACUGCAAAGGCCUUGAUUGAUGUGGAGAAAGGAGAGAUUAUACUGAGGUUAUAG